AUGAAGUGGGUUCAUCGGUUACCAGCCUACCGUUACGAAAUAGAAGCUCCUGAUUCGCUGGAUGCUAGAUUCGCACAAGACAAGAAUCAGUGCGUGCAGACCUCGUCACGGAAAGGCUUUAUGCGGUUCCACACUCCGGCAAUCGAGAAGCUGGUACUUUCUUUUGCCUCUUGUUCUUGCGAUUAUAAACACGGAUCUGGCAUUCACUUCCAAUAAACUGAAGUUGAUUUUGAUACAGUGCUCAUUUUCAGAACGUUCUUAAAGUAUACAUACCAUCCCCAUCUGAUUUUUUUUUCUUUAACAGUUAAAACAGUUGGAUGAGAUCGACAAUAAGGAGCGAGAUGCGAUGUACCCUUUCGCGGCAGAAAUUUUUAGCGCUUUGCACAAGUGCAAGGGCUUGUAUGAGGGGACGCUGACGUGUUUGGCGGAGGCUGACGUUUUUCUGUCCAUGGCGCAAGCCAGCAGUUGGUCUCCGAACGGGGAUUUGGUAAAACCGGAAUUUCGUGAGAUUCGAGAUGCUCAACGGGACUUGCCGGUCUUAGAUCUAAAAGGCGCGCGUCACCCGGUCCAGGAAGCACAAUGCCAAGGUUUCGUCGCAAACGACACGCUGAUUCCUGGAAAGCCUUCAAUUGUUCUCGUGACUGGCCCGAACAUGGGUGGGAAGAGCACGAUUCUGCGACAAGCUGCUCUAGCAGUAGUGAUGGCACAAACAGGGUUUCGUGUGGCCGCGUCCUCCUUAACUAUGACUCCGGUGGAUCGCAUUUUCACGCGUGUCGGAGCGCAGGACUCCCUCAUAGAGGGAAAAAGCACGUUCCUCAUGGAGCUAGAAGAGUGCGGGACCAUUCUUCGAGAGGCUUCAAAAUGGUCGCUUGCCAUUAUCGACGAGUUAGGUCGAGGUACGUCAACCUUCGAUGGCGCAGCCAUUGCGCUUGCUGUGCUAGAGCAUCUCGCAACUGUUCUUAAAUGCAGAACACUGUUCGCUACGCACUACCACCUACUCGGAACGCAUCAGAGUACUCACUUCUUCUGCUUCGACUAACGUAUCAGAUAUGCAGAUCGUUCCUUUCUCGUCUGUUUCGCUUUGAAAAAAUAUUUGGCUAAAAAUUUGCGGCCCUAUCCUUCAGCUUCACACAGUCAGACCUCAAUUUUUUCACAGUCACGUGCACACAAACAACAUACAUAAAUCCUCGUUAGGUGAUGAGAUUAUUCCGUAUUUUAUGGAUGUCGAUACGAGCGGCGACGAGUUGAUUUUUCUCUACAAAUUGGUCCGUGGACUUUGCCCUGACUCUCAUGGUCGGAACGUUGCGAAGCUCGCUGGUCUUCCACCGUCAGUCGUCGAGGACGCAAGCAUCAAGUCUGAAGAAUGGAGGAAGGAACAUGAAUCACAGGGCCCAGAGCUUCUACUACAGCAAAUAGUGUCUUUAGCAGAGAAGGGCGAUAAGAACGCACUACAAAAGCUCUUCGAAAAUAGAAAGGAGUGGGCUAGGUGCUUGUAAUCCUAUUAGGCUCGUAGAUCAAACCUUAACCUUUUGAUGUCCUUGUUGAAUUACUUUGAACUCUCUCAUGUCAUCCUAUCACAACGCCAACAAUGCGGCUGAUUUUAGGUCUCAACUGGCAGCACUGAACAACCCUACGCUUCAUCCUCAUCCGCAGACCCAAGAGCUCACUAAAAAUCGUCACAACUUAAACUUUUCCUUUCGCUUUGGCAAUGGCGUUUUCACGUUCAUGUGAACUUACUUAUCGCUGCAACUCCAUCUCUAC